UUGAUUUUCAUCCCGUUAUAUAACACUUAUCGUUUUUAUUAAUAAAAAAAAAAAAUCCAAUGGAAUAAAAGCACUAGCAGUGCUUGUCACUUCUUUAUCUAAUUUUGACCAACUAUUAUGGGCAUCCCACCAUUCAUGAUUCCUCUUGAUUCCCAUUUUGUCUAGCUCUCUCCAUAAUAUAUUGCAACAAACCAUUCUCUAACAAGGCCAAACUUGUUCUUGUUCUUCUUCUCUUUAACAAAAAUGGGAGCUCUUAACAUGAUUCAAUUACCAUCUCUCCAUCUUGCCACCUUCUCCUCCUUCAUCUCCCCAUCUAUUUCUCAAUCACCAUUAAUGAAGACUCUCACUCCCACAAGAAGAUCCAUCACUAGAAGCUUCAGUCUAAAGAGCUUCUUAGACUUGACCCCUGAAUACAAACCACUACAGUCCCUCAACAUCGACCUUGAAACACAUGACUUCACCGGCGGCUCACCGGACUACGACGCAGUCAUCAUCGGCUGUGGCCCAUCCGGUCUCCGCCUCGCCUCUCUGGCUUCCAAGCAUGGACUCCACAUCUGCUGCGUUGACCCAUCCCCUCUCCUCCUCUGGCCUAACAACUACGGCGUUUGGGUUGACGAAUUUGAAGCCAUGAACCUCACCGACACUCUCGACAAAGUCUGGCCGUCGGCCACCGUCAUCAUCAACGAUCAAAAGUCAAAGCAUCUUCACCGUUCCUAUGGCAGAGUCAACCGGAACUACUUAAAGUCAAAGCUCAUUCAAGCUUGUGUCUCUAAUGGUGUCAAGUUCCAUGUAGCCAAAGCUUGGAAGGUGGAGCACCAGGAGUUCAAAUCCACAGUGCUUUGCAGUGACGGCAAAGAACUGAAUGCGAGCUUGGUCAUCGACGCCAGUGGCUUCACAACCUCGUUCAUGGAGUAUGAAAACACUCUGAAACGAAACCAUGGUUACCAGCUCGCUCACGGCAUCUUGGCUGAGGUCGAGCACCACCCGUUCGAGCUCGAUAAGAUGGUGCUCAUGGACUGGAGAGACGAACAUCUCGGCAACGAGCCUUAUUUAAGAGCACGCAACGAGACAACUCCAACGUUCCUCUAUGCCAUGCCUUUGAGCUCUGACUUGAUCUUUCUUGAAGAGACCUCACUGGUGAGCCGGCCGGUGAUGAGUUACCGAGAGGUGAAGCAGAGGAUGGUGGCCAGACUCCGGCAUCUGGGCAUCAAAGUGAAGAGUGUUGUUGAGGAUGAGAAGUGCUUGAUUCCAAUGGGCGGGCCGUUGCCGAGGUUGCCACAGAGCGUGGUUGGGGUUGGCGGUGCGGCUGGGUUGGUGCACCCAUCCACUGGGUACAUGAUGGCUAGAGCGCUCGGUGUGGCUGAGCUCAUGGCCGAGGCCAUGGUCGAGUGUUUGGGCUCGGUUAGGAUGGUUAGAGGGAAGGCUUUGCAGAGGAAAGUGUGGACUAGUGUUUGGAGUGGGGAGAGAAUGAGGGAAAGGGAAAUCUAUUGUUUUGGAAUGGAGACAUUGUUGCAGCUUGGAUUGAAGGGAACCAGGAAUUUCUUUGAUGCUUUCUUUGAUUUGGAUCCUUAUUACUGGCAUGGAUUUCUUUCUUCUAGUUUGUCUCUUGAGGAGCUUGCUCUGUUGUGCUUGUCUUUGUUUGCCCAUGGUUCUCUUCCUUCCAGGAUGGAUAUUGUUACCAAGUGUCCUUUGCCUUUGGCUCGCUUGGUUGCUAAUCUUGCUAAUCAGGCCAUCUAGCUUCUAUAUUUAUUAUUUUCAAGUGUUAUUUUUAAUUUCUUUCCUAAAAAUCCAUUUGUCAUUUUCCUAUUGUUUACUUUAUUAGUCUUGUAUUUUUAGAAUAUAUUGGCAAAUUUCAGAGAUAAGUACUGAUAUGUUUUUUAA